AUGAAGCGCCCCCAUGGUUUCAAAUCCCGACAGGCCAUCAGACGCUCGUUCAAGGGCGAGAAAGACCACAAGUCGCAUGUCUCGAUCACGCCCAAGUCGGCGCUUGCUAUCCUGCCCCCCAAGAAGGUAGGUUCGCCCUCUUCGUUGUCUCGUCCGGCCGUCUGGCCGUCUCGCUUCUUGCUGCUCGCGCUCAACCCCCUCGCCCUACCCCUGACCGGUGGGCGGCGGCGGCGGGCGGUGGAUUCCUUGCAGAGGCCCGCUCCAUCUCUCCUAACUCUCUCUUUCUUCUGCUUACUUCCAUACCUUGAACAGGUUAUAAAAGCGCUCUACGACUACCGCCCGGCUUCCGAUAAGCGAGAGGAACUAGCCUUCAGCAAGGGAGACUUCUUCCACGUCAUAAGCAGGGAAGACGACCUGAACUGGUACGAGGCCUGCAACCCGCUCUUCCCCAACGCCCGCGGACUCGUGCCCGUAGCAUUCUUCGAAGUCAUCGGCAAGAACCAGCGAGACAGCGGCGACUCCCUGCAUGCGCCGCCAGAGCAGUCCAGACAGGCAGCGCACGACUCGGGCUUCGCGGACAGCAGCCAGGCCACGCCAGAAGCAACAAACACCACCAAACAGGCAGCCCAGUUCCGCAUGUCGGCCUUAGGGAAGGGCUCGGGGGCCAUGGUCUACGGCAUCGUCAUGUACGACUUCAACGCCGAACGCCCGGACGAGCUCGAGGCCAAAGCCGGCGAGGCCAUCAUUGUCAUCGCGCAGUCGAACCCCGAAUGGUUUGUCGCAAAGCCCAUCGGUCGAUUGGGAGGGCCGGGCCUGAUACCGGUUUCCUUUAUCGAGAUCAGAGACAUGUCCACGGGGAAGUCUGCUGCCGACCCACUCGAGGCCGUCAGGCGCGCUGGCGUACCCCGGGUGGAGGAGUGGAAGAAGAUGACGGCCGAAUAUAAGAAUAGCUCGAUUUCGUUGGGCAAGUUCGAGAACGGAGCUCAGCAGGCGGCCGCGGAUCUCGAGAGGAUGAGUCUUAACAAUUCACGUCCCAGCGGGAACGACUAUAAUCAUCAACGAAACCCGAGCAAGACGCAGCAGGCUUAUCCACAGCAGCAGCAGCAACAGCAGCAGCAGCAACCACAAGCCUACCAGCAGCAAGGCCACUACCAAGUCCCUAUUCCGAUCCACGCAUCGAUCCCACGGUACUGUUUUGAUAACGACAAAUACUGGUAUGUCGUCGAAGUGCAGAUGGAAGACGGUAGGUGGUGGGAGCUGGCUCGAUACUACCACGACUUCUACGACUUCCAGAUCGCCUUGCUCUCCAAGUUUGAAGACGAAGCUGGCAACAGGGGCGGCCAACGCACUCUCCCAUUCAUGCCCGGUCCCGUAACCCAGGUCACAAACGCCAUAUCCAACGGCCGACGACAGAGCCUAGACGAAUACGUAAAGCAACUGCUCGCCAUGCCACCGCACAUCUCGCGCUGCCAGCUCGUUCGCCAGCUCUUCGCACCACGACCAGGUGAUUUCGAAAUCGAUCCCGCCGUCAUGUCGGACGAUUACCGACUCUCCAGCGGCUCCCAGCAGUCUUCAGGCCACAACCCAUCGCGAACCGCAUCUCGACAGUCCUCCCAGGGGCAGAUGAACGGCGCCAACCCAGCCGGCCACCAUCAGUCCCAACGACCAACCCACCAACGAAGCCAGGGCUCAGUAUCUCAAACACCAGGCUAUCCUGGCCAGCAGCAGCAAAAUCAGGCCCCAUCGAUGUCCCGCCAGGGAAGCUCAUUCAAUAACCAGAUGCCCUCUUCCCAAAGCGCAGGCGCAAUAAAGAUCAAGGUCUUCUUCCAGGACGAUAUCAUCGUUAUCCGUGUUCCGGACGACAUCGGCCUGCGACAACUGGUCGAUAAACUGAGAGAUCGUCUCAAGGUCGACGAAGGAAUGGUAGUACGAUACAAGGAUGAACCGUCCAACUCGUUCGUCGAACUGCUAAACGAUAUCGAUUUGGAAACUGCAAUUCGCCGAAACGCCAAGCUGAUGCUCUACGUCAGUAUUGCAUAA